CCAUGCGCGUGUCAACUUCACUCACACAGAGCCACUAAAAACCUGCACCUAUAUUCCACAAUUCAGCAGUAUUUUCGAUAAAACCAAAACAUGCUGUAAGCCGCUCGGUAUCCCACUGUGUCCUGCGACGUGUGUCACUCACGACAUGUAAUAACAGCCUGUGAUAAUUACUUCUAAUGUACAAAAAUGCGUAGGACAAGUAGACUCGGUUUUUUGGUUAUUUGUCAAGUGUUGUUUCUUGUGGAGUGCCUGGAGUUCUCGGCUAGGGAUGCUGACGUACUUUAUAAAAUCAUUUGGCCUGGGAAGAUCAGCACGGAUUUAUUGCAGACACAGGACAAUCUCGAGCAGUAUCCAAUAACCACAGCCAACAACGAGAAAUAUACCUGCAUGAUUCCAGUUGCUAAAAAGCAAGAGAAGAAUAGUGAUGAGCCUUACACAGGGCCCAACCCUAUCGAACUGCUAGCUCCUCUGUUCAAUCAGAACAUAUGUUCCUUCAAGUUAGAAACAUAUUGGACAUACGAAGUAUGUCACGGCAGACACGUCCGCCAAUACCACGAAGAGCGAGAAGGGAAGAAGGUGAAGGUGCAAGAGUUCUACCUGGGAAGAUUCCCCAAGGGGCAGAAGGAGAAGCUCUCAUCAGAGUACGACGAAUUGGCGAAGAACCCCGACAAGAAGUCGGCAAUUCCCACGAAGAAGUUCGAUGGCAUUCAGAUGCCCUACGUGGAGAUCGAGAUGACUGAUGGGACAAUCUGCGACCUCAGCAACAAACCCAGGACCAUUAAACUGCUGUACGUUUGCCACCAGCAGGGAAAACACGAGAUCCUGUCCCUGGAGGAGACCUCCAGCUGCGAGUACGAGGCCAUCGUCCUGUCUCCCUUCAUCUGCAGUCAUCCAGACUACGGCCCCAGGGGCGGGGGCGAGGAUGAGAUCAACUGUGUGCCUCAGGAUAAAGCACCCAAGAGACCGAGGGCACUGGCUGCCCUCGAGGCCGAGAGCCUCAAGCUCAGGCAUCAGAAAGUCAUGGAUGAAAAGCCACAGAAAGUGUAUAGGAUCUUCCGUAUAGUUACGGACGGCCAGGAUGGAGAGCCCCGAGGUAGGGUGGAAAUUCACGCUGCAGACAGUUUGGAUAAGAAUACAGAGGAUCUUCUCGGAUCUAUGAUUGAUAUGAAUCAAGGACAAACGUCAGGGGAUGUCACUCCUGUGCAGAGUUUUUUGAGUGGAAAGCAUUGUUUGAAUGGAGGUAAUGGCUGGUGGAAGUACGAAUUUUGCUACGGAAAAUCAGUGAUGCAGUACCACGUGGAGAGAGAUGGAUCCAAGACGAUGGUGGAUCUGGGUAAAUUCGACAAGCAGAAGCACAUUGAGUGGAUGGAGGCACAUCCCCAGAAGAGGCCGAAGCCUGUGGGCCAGAGGCAACAGCUCUCCCACUUCUACAGUGAAGGCAGUGUCUGCGAUAAGACUGGAAAACUGCGCCAGACUGAGGUGAGACUGAAGUGUGUGGAGAGCACUUCUGCAAGUCCGUCCAGCGUAUCCCUCUUCCUCCUCGAGCCCAAGACCUGCGAGUACAUCCUUGGGGUGGAAUCUCCCCUAAUCUGCAAAAUCCUAGACUACGCAGAUAACAACGGGCUCAUUCUCGAUGCAGCCACAGUAAACUUCGACGAUUUGAAAGCUACGUCGGGUGAAACCCUGCAGAAGCCCGAUGACUCAGAGCCUCGGAAGAUCAUUCACGACGAGCAUUAGUUCCUCAGAAAGGGAUACAAAAUUUCUCGGAAUUGUAGUCAAUAGUGGAGUGAUGAAUCGUAAUUAGUCAUUUUUGUUCGCAUGUUUUGAGAAUUCAAUUGAUUGAUGAAUCAGCGAAUUGAAUUAAUUAAUGAGUGAAAAUUAAGUCAUUGAUAAAUUCAUAAUAAAAAAAAUACAAUCACGUAAUUGGAAAGAAUAUGAUUUAUCAUUUCUUCCUUAUUACGUUCGAUCUUUCCACUAUUGAAUCACUAGGCAAGAUUGGGGUUGAAUGCGUAUCAGUGACUCAUUUAAAAUUUCAAAAUCCCAUUGAAUUAAUAUUGGCCACUUUAAUUCGUGAAUUUGUUUCUAAAUUACCAACAUUUCGUAGAAAAUAAAAAUUGGUCCCAUUUUCCUCCACAAAUUUCCAGCCACAAAACGUUCCCAUUAUCUUUUUUUAUAAAAAAAACCCUUGUAUCACAGUAAAUGUACAAAUGUACAUACUCAAAAUAAAAUAAUAAAUUACCACUCGACAUUGAAAUUUCUGCUUGUAGUCAACAGUGGAGUGAUAAAUCAUAAUUAGUAAAUUUUGUAUUCACAUGUUUUGAGAAUUCACUUGAUUGAUGAAUCAGCGAAUUGAAUUAAUUAAUGAGUGAAAAUUAAGUCAUCAAUAAAUUCAUAAUAAUCGCAAUACAAUCACGUAACUGGAAAGAAUACCAUUUGCUAUUUCUUACUAAUUACGUUUGAUAUUUUCACUAUUGAAUCGUUGGCAAGACUGGGGUGCAAUUUGCAUCAGUGACUCAUUUAAAGAGACCUCAAUUCGUAAAUUUCCUUCCAACUUACAAAACCGUCAUAAAAACUAAAAAUUGUCGAAUUUCAAGACACAAGACUCCCAUUAUACUUUUUAUAUAAAAAACCCUGGUAUCACAGUAAAUGUACAUACUCAAAAUAAAAUAAUAGAUUAUCACCCGA